CGCCGUCGUCCCUCGGUGUCGCCGACGCGCCAUGGCCGCCUCGCCGGGCUCGGGCAGCGCCAACCCGCGGAAGUUCAGUGAGAAGAUCGCGCUGCACACGCAGCGGCAGGCCGAGGAGACGCGGGCCUUCGAGCAGCUCAUGACCGACCUCACCCUGUCGCGGGUUCAGUUUCAGAAGCUUCAGCAACUGCGCCUUACCCAGUACCACGGAGGGUCCUUACCGAACGUGAGCCAGCUGCGGAGCAGUGCAACUGAGUUUCAGCAGUCAUUUCAUCAAGCUGAUAGUGUUCGCGGAACCCGCCACCAUGGGCUGGUGGAGAGGCCAGCCCGGAACCGUUUCCACCCCCUUCACCGAAGGCCUGGGGACAAGCCAGGGAGACAAUUCGAUGGAAAUACUUUUGGAGCCAAUUACUCUUCACAGCCCCUGGAUGAAAGUUGGCCAAGGCAGCAGCCUCCUUGGAAAGAAGAAAAGCAUCCUGGAUUCCGGCUAACAUCUGCACUUAACAGGACCAAUUCUGAUUCUGCUCUUCACACAAGUGCUCUGAGCACCAAGCCCCAGGACCCCUAUGGAGGAGGGAGCCAGUCAGCCUGGCCUGCCCCAUACAUGGGUUUCUGUGAUGGUGAAAGUGAUGGCCAUGGGGAAGUAGUGUCUCUCCCUGGUGCACUGAAAGAAGAGAAUCUGCUAAAUGUUCCGAAGCCACUGCCAAAACCUCUGUGGGAGACCAAGGAGAUCCAGUCCCAGUCAGGGCGCCCUCGAUCCUGUGAUGUUGGAAGUGGAAAUGCUUUCCCACAUAAUGGUCAAAACAUAGGCCUCUCACCCUUUCUGGGGACCCUGAACACUGGAGGUUCAUUACCAGAUCUAAGCAACCUUCACUACUCGGCACCCCUGCCAGCCUCCCUGGAUACCAGCGACCACCUAUUUGGUAGUAUGAGUGUGGGGAGCAGUGUGGGCAGCCUCCCAGCUGCCACGACUCACCUGGGGGUAAGAAGCUCCUCUGGUCUCCAGAGUUCUCGGAGUAACCCAUCCAUUCAAGCCACGCUCAACAAGGUUGCGCUGUCCUCAUCCCUCAAUAGCCACCCACAGACGUCUGCCGCCAGUGCAUCUGCCCUUCACCCCUCGCUCCGUCUCUUCUCCCUUAGCAACCCAUCUCUUUCUACCACAAACCUGAGUGGCCCCUCUCGGCGCAGGCAGCCUCCUGUCAGCCCACUCACGCUUUCCCCCGGUCCUGAAGCACAGCCAGGUUUCAGCAGACAGCUUUCGGCAACCAGCCCACUGAACUUGUAUCCUUCAUCCCAGAUGGUACCCUCGGAGCAAAGCCCACUUUCCUUCUUGCCCACAGAAGCUCAAACCCAAAUGUCCCCACCUCCCCCUUACCCCACACCCCAGGAACUGCCCCCAACUGUCCUACAGCAGCCCCAUGCCCAUGCCCAGCAGCCCCCUGCUCAGCAGCCCCAGGCAGCCUCCUCCCUGCCACAGUCAGACUUCCAGCUCGUCACUGGCCAGGUCUCGUCUCUGACCAGCUUCUUCCCAGAUGUGGGCUUUGACCAGCAGCCCAUGAGGCCCAGCCCAGCCUUUCCUCAGCAGGUGCCUCUGGUGCAGCAAGGUCACCGAGAACCACAGGACUCAUUUCAUUUGAGACCAAACCUGUAUUCCAACUGUGGGAACUUCCCAAGCACCAUCCUGACAGAAGAUUCAAGCACCAGCCUGUUCAAAGACCUUAGCAGUGGGCUGGCAGGCAUGCCCGAGGUCAGCCUGAAUAUGGACACUCCAUUUCCAUUGGAAGAGGAGCUCCAAAUUGAACCCCUGAGCCUAGAUGGACUCAGCAUGUUAAGUGACUCCAGCAUGGGCCUGCUUGACCCCUCUGUGGAAGAGACGUUUCGAGCUGACCGACUGUGAGCGAAAUGCAACACAGCAGGAGAACUUCCGAAAUGGCCAAAAUAGAGAGGAUAGAAUGGAGCCAGCAGACGCCCCUGGACAUUAGUUAUCUCAGCGUGGAAGGAAGGAACCAGUCCCAUGGCUCCAGGCUUUCAGCUGAGGUCCGUCUCAAACACCAUGGCUUUUCCUCGGCCCUGUGGUACAAGCUGUACUGCUGCAGGCUGGCUGCCUUGGCGCGCUUCUGAUGAACUGGAAGGUCAUCCUGCGACCCUUCUUUUUAUUGCCAUCUAGUCAGACAGUAUGUAAGAGUAGAAAAUGCCAUGUUAACAAAAGAGCAUAGUGUUCAGAACCACCGAUCGCAGCCAGCACUGAAGACAAGACCUGAUGUGGGAAGCAGUCAGGGGCCAUGGGCCUGGAGCAUUGGCUGAGCAUCACACAACGGUACCAGAGCACCACGGUGUCUUUCUGCCUGGCCACCAAGUCGAGGCACCUCCAGCUGGUGGAUAUUCUGGGCUUAGCCAUGGCUCUUUCAGAUGCCUUUAAUUCAAAUAUGAAGAAGUUGUCUAACCACCGAUCCCAGGACAGGCUUGAGUUAGAUAAACUGAGUGCCAGUUUGUUUCCUCCUAGUCUGUAAUAUCUUUUUUUCUGCUGCUUCAAUACACCUUUUCCUUAUAGACAGGAGGGGGAGGGCAAUUCUUAUUCAGUAACUGAGAAAAGCCCCAGUAACAGGUGAGCCCCACAAGAACAGUGUUUCUUCUUGGAGGCUGGGGAAGAAAGAGGGGGCCACAGAAUGUCACAGACGCAGGAUGUCCUCUGGACAAGCGCACUUGCCAUUCUGCAACCCUGCCGAAGGAGCUACCGGAGGUCUUGUCAGACCCCCAGCCACUGAGCUGCCCCGUCGCUUCCCAGCCCAGUUUCUCUGUGCAUCAGGGGAGCGGGCAGGGACUGUGCCUUACUCCCUGUUGAACCCCUGGUCCCUAACAAGUGCCUGGCACAGAAUAAGUGCUGUGUGACUCCGUGUGGAAGGCAGGCAUGGAUGAGUGAAUGACUGCCGUGCAGGAAGGCAGUCUAAUCUGUAGCUAUCCUACUCCCGGCCAGAUCUUCUGACCUCCAGCUUCCUCACACUUGUGCCUAUGCUUAAGCUAAGCAUGCACUUUAAUAUGCUUUUAACACUAUAUAGCCAGAUCCGUGAUUAUCAGACUGGGCAUCCAUUCUCCUCAGGGUUGUGUCCCUCAGUAACUAGGUGGGAAUUUUGCCUUCUGAGUGCCUCAGAAUGGCUGAGCAAAUCAAGCUGCCCAAGGGUGGGACCUGAAGGAACCUGACUAGGCCUCCACCUCAAAAGAUCUUCCUUCUCAGAUCCACGUUUUACUCUAGAUUACUUAAAAUAGCUUCAUCCUUUGAGAUUCAAGAAAUAAACUUAUCAUACAUGAGGCCUCGUGCAUGGGGCAUCAGUGUUCAUUAGCACCUCAUCCAUCAUAAGACAGUUUCACUGGGUUCCCACACCAACUGCCUCUUACUUGGCCCUGAAUGGGGAAAGUGAUGAUGCCCGCUUAGCACCAUCAGGGAGGAGCCAGGUGUGAGAAGACAGUGUGGAGAGCCAGAGUCCCCCGAAGUAGAGGCGAGAUGCCAGAACCUUUGGAUGCUGCUGCCCUUCUUAGAGAUGCAGGGAAGUCACUGAAGGUCACUGAUUGCCCCGCCUAGAGAAGCAAAGCCACGUGGGAAGGAAACAUGUCUGUACCUGUGGCAAGAGGUAUCUGGCAUUCUGUAUCUUACCUCUCCACACCUCUGGGGCCUUCUCUCUGAUCUCUCAAACAACCCUGGUGGUGCGUCACAUUGCCUUUCUUGGGAACCCAGAAUUCCUGUUCUCCCAUUUGCCUCCAUCUCUGCUGUUCAACUGGGAAAUCAAACUAGCGCCCUCCUUGUCUGGUUUCCACCUCAGGAAGGGGCCUCUGGCCUCUGUUUGCAAGCUCUAUUCCCAGCAAAACUCUCAGAUGUUCUUAUGCCUGAGAUCUCAGAAGAGGGGAACGUUUCAAUUGUCAUGCUGCCCAGUCACUCCCACAUACUCACAGAAACCAGCACCUGUGUCCGAAAUCCUGAAAUCGGAUCUCACCUUUUAGGCAGGGAACAGUGCUAAUGUAAAUUGUGGGGUUCUUUUUGAAGAACAAAAGUCCCAGCACAAUCUGCUCUCUGCAUAGUGCCUUUCCCAUGGGGAUUGUGGGGUCAAGGUCCUUGUGCAUUUCACAUAGCAAUUUGCCUUACAGUGGGAGACACCCCCCUCCCAGCACCACCACCAAGCCUGAUGUGAUGAGCUGUUUUGCCACAUUGUCCAGGUGACUGGGGUGUAGUGUAGGCACAUUGGUGAAGAAGGCAGCAUGGUGUGGCACUGGAUAAAUGUGCCCUUAAGGCCACCACCUAAUCUCAUGAGGUUUGGGCAACUAGACAGCCCACCGUGUCUAGAAGGUACUGCAGACACAUGGGGACAAUGUCUCCCUGCCCCUCCAUGUAAAAGCCUGCACUCGCUGCUGCCUUUGUGACAGACCUGCCAUGGGCCUCGCAUUAGACGUGGCUACAGACUGGCACAAUUCUGUUCGACACUAUCCAGCUAUGUCACAUCAGCCGUACUCACUCACAGUUUCGCAGCGUGUGUUUCCAUCGCUUCCCGUGUGGUUAUGGGUUCUGGGACAUAGGGCCUGAGGAGAAAAUGAUCAGUGUCAGUUCUCCUUUGUCCCGUCUCCUUUCUCCUAAGUCUACUGUUCCCCAAGCUUAAACGUGUAUUCAAGUCCAGAAGCAUAUUGGAAUAUGUUUCCCAUUCUGACUCUCUCGAUGGUCCUUCUGAUUUCUGCACAGAUGGCUCCCGGUGCAUUUCCAUUGCUCCAUGGAUGGGACCAUCCCAGCAAUUAAUCAGACUUCCUGCCAGUGUCCUAACCCCUGGGCCCUUUGUUAAACAAUAUUUAAAGAUUGGACUUUGUAUAAAGAAGCUUCCAAGUUUUGUAAUGCAUCAUUUUACAUCUUUCGUAAUUAAAAGCAGCACAAAAUUGUUGUA